AUGCGACAAAUUCUCUGGACCUUGACGCUGGCUACUGGUUUCGCGGCUCCGUUAUUCAAGUGGCCAGUUUACGCCGCUGCAGUUUUCACGAUCACAAUCUUCUGGCAUCAUUUAUUCCCGUCCGAAAAACAUGGUCCGGAGAUCCUACUCUUGCCGACGAAAACACCAUAUCUAGAGACUUUGAAGCCUAUGGAAGAUCCAACACCAGUACUAGGUGAACAUUGUCCAACUUGCUGGGAAGAAAUCGACGAAAGCACAAAACCCACAAAACUUGCUUGCGGUCAUGUUUACUGCAAUACAUGCAUCUUGGCCUGGAUCGACUCUGGCAAAAAUACCUGUCCAAUUUGCAAAAUCGUACUGUUUCGCCAACCGAGAUUCCAGGGUAAAGAAGCCAUCAGUGAGAAGUUGCAUAAGAUUAGGGUAUGCAUUUCUUGGGCUUGCCUUAUCACUACUGUUGUCCGACAAAUUCUGGCGUUUGUGGCUCGUUAUCCUGGUGGUGUUUCUCCGUCGUGGCAGUUUGCAAAUCCGAUUUUUUGGCUCACGGGGUAUGGGAGUACCUACGAGACCAUCAGCAAUGCAUGUCUCGUGCUUUCUGAUGUCGCGCAAGUUGUCGUUACACAAUACCUCAUUCAGAAAAUGGAUGUGGAAUGGUUCAAAGGCUUUGGACAGGGGAAAUGGUACUAUUGGGUCCCGACUGUCUAUUUCGCGGCCACUAAUCUGAAGAAACAACUUGAUGGUGUGAGCAGCCUGUGGAGUGUGGUUCGACACAUCUUCAAGUGGUGGAUGGUGGGUGCGCCCGGGAGUUAUUGGAGUUGGAAUCUGGUGGUCUCGUUGAUCUGGAGCGAAAAGCUCGAGAAGGAAGUUUUAGAGGUGCGAUACAUCGAUGCACCACAGUCGAGGCUCAUAGAUGGGCUGAGAAAAGCAGUCAAUGACUAG